GGAAGAGGAGGGGAGAUAAAUAUCAAGUGUUUCUUCUCGAGAUGAUUUAAUCAUUGUCAGACUGAUAGUUUUUGGCAGCAUUGUCUCCUAUUCGUACUUGGUUAAGAUCCAGCCUCUUUUACCGUGACGUCAGUUGCCAGAGCGAGUCUGGACCAUCGUUGAUUACUUUCUCCCUAUCUAAGGCUCUUUUUUUUUCUUUUUUUUUCUGGGGUCAGUGGACGACUUAAAAGGGGUUGAAUUCGUCUCAAAAGUAAGAAGAAGAAAAAGAAGAAGGAAACCAGGAACAAUGGCUUUUCUAUUUCUUAAGCAGAGGCUGUUCCCAAGCAGCAGUCGUAACCCUGCAUCUCCAAACUAUAAUAAACCCCUUCUCGCUGCAGAUGAUUCCAAUACUCCUCAAAUCAUCCCAGAGGAUCAUGACCAAGACCUCGAGGCCCAAAGGUCUUAUCAGACAUUCCGCACCCCGUCACAUACUUCUGAUACAGCGAGCACGGGCAGUGCCCAGCGAUCGCGCAUCAACCCUCGCAUCGUCUCAGAUGCCAUUCUCGGCCUAUCAGAUGGUCUUACAGUUCCCUUUGCCCUGAGUGCGGGUCUCUCAGCGCUAGGAAACACAAAAGUUGUUGUUCUGGGAGGACUCGCAGAGCUUGCUGCGGGCGCCAUCUCUAUGGGGUUGGGCGGAUACGUUGGGGCAAAAAGCGAAGCCGAAUCCUACCAAGCCACUGUUCGGGAAACAACGGAACUCAUCGAAUCCUCCCCUUCGGAAACGGCAGCAAUUGUCUACGAUAUCUUUGCUUCCCACGGCGUCCCAGACGACGCCAUCGCGCCCAUCAACUCCUCUCUUCAUGCGUCUCCAGACCGCCUACGCGAGUUCCUGAUUCACUUCUACCACAAGGAGUCCGAGCCGGACUGCAACCAGGCCUGGACAUCUGCGAUUACUCUCGCACUCUGCUACUUCGUCGGUGGCUUUAUCCCGCUUAUCCCCUACUUCAUCGUGUCCCAUGUUCUGGUGGCACUGUACGCCAGCGUUGGUGUGAUGGGCGUUACCUUGCUGGUGUUUGGGUACAUCAAGACGGGUGUCGUGCGCGGCUGGUCCGGCAGGGACAAUAUCAUAGCGGGCAUCAAUGGCGGCCUCCAGAUGUGUGUUGUUGGAGGGGUUGCUGCAGGUGCGGCUAUAGGGUUAGUUCGAUUGAUUAACGGGGGGGAAGUUUCCUAACGACCACUGAUUAACCUGAUAAUGACACUGGAACGAUCUCACGACCCCCAAAAAAAGAUUCCUACCUAGUAGGUAGUUACAUAUAUCCCUAUGUAUAAUAUAAUAAUAUAGCACCUUCA